AUAAAGUUAGUUAACAUGGACUGCUGUACAUCCAAGGAGGCAAGGGAAAGAAAACGCAUUAAUGAGGAAAUUGACAGGCAAUUGCGCCUGGAGCAAAAAAGGGCAUUCCGCGAUCUUAAACUAUUGCUGCUGGGCACGGGAGAGUCCGGAAAGUCUACAUUCAUCAAGCAGAUGCGUAUUAUCCACGGAAAUGGCUACUCGGACGAGGACAGGCGUGGAUACAUUACGUUGAUUUUUCAAAAUAUUUUCAUGGCCAUGCAGUCAAUGAUUAUGGCCAUGAAUAAGCUGAAGAUUUCCUAUGAUCAUGGGGAGCACAGCAAAAUGGCCGACCUAGUGAUGGGCAUAGAUUACGAGACCGUCACUAGUUUGAAGGAUCCUUACUUGACUGCCAUCAAAUCGCUAUGGGACGAUGAUGGUAUCCAGGAAUGUUACAGACGUCGUCGAGAGUAUCAGCUGACUGAUUCAGCCAAAUACUACUUGAGCGACUUAGCUCGAAUUGAGCAGGCUGACUACUUGCCAACCGAGCAGGAUAUACUUCGAGUUCGAGAACCGACAGUAAACAUUUACGUCUAUCCCUUCGAAUUGGACGGCUUUGUAUUAAGUAUGGUAGAUGUCGCAGGCCAGCGAACCGAGAGAAGAAAAUGGAUACAUUUUUUUUCGAAUGUAACGUCAAUUAUAUUUCUGGCAGCGAUAUCGGAAUACGAUCAAGUCUUGAUGGAAUCUGAAAGUGAUAAUCGAAUGAUGGAGUCUAAAGCUCUAUUUGGUACUAUUAUAACAUUCGAAUGGUUUCAAAGAGCGUCCAUUAUUCUUUUCCUUAACAAGAAGGACAUUUUGGAGGAGAAAAUAAUGACUUCGCAUUUGGUAGAUUAUUUUCCUGAAUACGAUGGACCACAACAAGAUGCAACAGCGGCCGAAGAAUACAUACUGCAAAUGUAUGAAGAUGAAAAUCCCGAUCCCGAUAGAAAAAUAUACCCUCAUUUUACAUGUGCCACAGAUACGGAAAAUAUUCGGUUCGUGUUUGCAGCUGUUAAGGACACAAUUCUGCAAUGCCACCUUAAGGAAAACAAUUUGCUCUAAACUGAAACUGGACUGUGACUUUUAAACAAACACCUUAAUGACCAUAGGUUGCAUCAACUUGUGUUAUUUCGUUGAAAAUGUAAUAGAUUUAAGUGGCUAACAUUAUGUUAGCAUUAACAUGAAGGAUGGUUCCUUUUCCUGGCUAUAGAAACUUAUCAAA